AUGUCUGAACAUUGUCAGCAGAUUUUUCAAUAUUCACUUGCAGUUACUGAUGAAGAAACUGGAGAUCUCUCUGCGACACGCUUAUCAAUAUCAAAUUCUUUGACAAGUGUUCAUAAACAAUGUGAACAAGAUGACGCGGAAACAAGUAAUAAGCUCUUAGAAAUUGGUCGAGUAGCUUCUUGGGCUGUCGGUUUUGAAAAAUUGCUCAAUGAUGACAUGGGUCUACAUGUAUUUACGGAAUUUCUAAAGAAGGAAUUCAGUCAAGAGAACAUCCAAUUUUGGAUUGCAUGCGAAAAAUUCAAGAAACUCUCCGAUUCAGAAGAAAUUCGUCAUAAAGCCAAUUUGAUUUGGUCGACUUAUUUACAUGAUACAGACGAUGGUUCAUGUCCGAUUAAUAUCGAUAGUCGAACAAGACAAGAAUGUCAACAAUCGUUAUUAAAUAAGCCGAAUGCUCAUAUGUUCGAAAAGGCUCAAUCUCAGAUAUUCCAAUUGAUGAAAUAUGAUUCGUACACAAGAUUUCUCAAAUCAAAUAUGUAUAAAGAUUGUAUCAUGAGUGAAAUGGAAGGCAAAUCCUUACCGUAUACCAAACAACAACAACAACAACAGCAACAACAACGUCAUCAUUAUCAACAGCAGCAGCCACACCAUCGUCGUCCACCACAACCUCAUCAUCCGACCUCGACGAUCAACGAAGAUAAAUGCAAAACACUCGAUUCUCUAGCCAAAUUAAAAGACGACGAAAAGAAAGAUAAAAAACGAAGUCCUCUAUUACCCUGGACCAAAGCAUUCAUUAAAUGGAAACGUCUAUCAGCUGCGCCCGAGACAAUUAAACGUGAUACACCUUCAUCCUUGUCGAAUUUGCACCAUCAAACUGCCAAUGCUAGUACCAAUACUCCGAUUCAUGAAAAUCUGACUUUGUCACCAUUUCUUUCUUCGCCCAUCACCAGUAAAUCGAAUUCAACAGAAUUAGGAACAAUUUUAACAAAUAUUAAACUUCCUGGUACAUCUUCUUCUUCGUCAUUGCCAACUGCGAUUACCAGUGGAAAUCUAUCGAAUAAAUUAUCAAAACUCUCUCCGAAUAUUAAUCAACAAGAUUUAGCACAAUUUAACUUCACUGUACGUCCAGAAACCACGCAAGAAAACACUCCAGUUGUUGAAAAAAAGUCACUAAUUGAAAACUUUUCUUCGACAUCCAUUGAUUCGUCUCGAUAUUGUCGUUUUAUAUUUCCCGAUCAAACUUCCGCUAUUCUUCUCACAUACAACUGUCCUAAUCAAACGAUUCAACAAGCUAUCAAUCGUCUAUUUGCCAAACGUGGAAUCACUUGGUAUCGAACCGAAUUAUAUCUCACAUCUUCAAAUGAUCAGGUAAGAAAAUAA